AUGGACAACCACUAUCGAGACGGGAGAUCCAUCAGUGAAUUCACAGGAGCGAUGUCUCGUCCUGGAAAAUCAAUCAUGGAGCAAUUCACCGACAUCGUCGAGCAACAUCCUGACAGCAUUGCUCUUGUCUGCACUCACCAACCCCCGGGACUGUAUGAUCUUCCAAACGCUGCGUUAGAAGACACGCAACCAUACCUCAGAUGGACCUAUUCCACCCUUGGGGAGGCUGUGAAGCGUCUUGCUAGGGGCCUUGCUCUGAACGGCAUAGUUGCUGGGACUCCCUUCUUCGUCUUAUGCCAGAACCAGGCAGAGUAUAUUGUUGCGGCCCUAGCAGCCUAUUCGAUGGGGCUGGUCCAUAUCCCAAUCAGCCCUCAGAAUUUGUCGAAAGUCAGGGAAAUGCAGCACAUGGUAGAUACGGUCAUCGGAUAUCAGUCCGCAGAGCGGGAGAACCAACCGGGAUGGGUGCCUAUAUCUUCCCCUCUCGAUGCCGACCCCAACGGAGAUGAACAGCAAUGCCCCUCCACCGAGUCGGAAGAAAUAUCAAUUCUCUUUACGAGCGGCACCACAUCAGCGCCGAAAGGCUGUGUGAUAAAGCCGGCUCGAUGGCUCAACAACCUCUGCGCUUCACUGAGCCUGGGCUCCGUUUCGCCGUCAGACAGUGUUGCAGUCCCCGUUCCAGCCAACCAUGCCUUCGGGUUUAUUUGCACGAUGCUGCCAUUGAUUCGAGGCGCCUGUGUCGUAUUCCCCGGGGCAAAAUUUGAGCCACGAGCCACGGCAGAGGCUCUACACCAAGAGAUGUGCACUCAUGUCGCCAUGGUUCCGACCAUGGUCUACGGUCUGGAGGAUGCCUUGGAGGCUCCCGAACUCACCAUUGAAAGAGUCAAGGUGGCAAUCUUUGCCGGAAUGACAACUACAUCCGAAAUAUUCAGGCGGUGUCAGAGCUGCCUCAACGGCUGCCAGAUUGAAAACUACUUCGGCAUGACAGAGGGUGUGUUCUUGUGCACCGGUGCGACGAGCGACCUAGCGAACAUCAUCAAAGACGAAAAUGUGGCUAUUGGGAGGCCUGUCUGCGGAUCCGCCGUUCGAAUAUGUGCACCGGACGAACAAUGUCCUCUUCCCGUUGGGGAAUCUGGGGAGCUCCAUUACUCCGGGGAUUCGCUGAUCUCUUCGUAUCUCAAUGCCGAUGGGGAGGAGUUCUACGAGGCAAACGGCAAGACAUGGUUUCGAACGGGCGACAGAGUAUUUGCAGACGAGGACGGCCAAGUUUUUUUCCACGGCAGAUACAAAGACUUGAUUAUCCGCGGAGGUGAGAAUAUCUCGCCUGCGAAGAUCGAGUCCGUUCUGUCCGAAAUGCCCGAGUUUCGUUCGCUGCACCCUCAGAUCAUCGCAGCGCCCGAUGCUAUAGCAGGGGAGACCCCGAUGGCUGUACUCAACGCAGAGAUCAGCGAUGAUCUGAUAACGCGCAUGUCAGCCGUCAUUCAGUCAUCCCUUGGAGUCUCGCAUGUCCCAUCUAGCGUGGUAUCGCUACAGUCCCUGGGUUUGAGCGAUUAUCCGAAGACGGCUCUGGGAAAGGUCCAAAAAUCGAAGCUCAGGGAGAUCGUGACUGAGUAUAGCCACCCACGUGCGUCCGGAAGCGGAGAGCGCCCAACAUCCCAGUCUGGUGUAGAGCACCAACUUAAGAAGGCAUGGGCCAGCGUUCUGGGGAAGAAGUUGGAUGAUAUCGAUGUGACAGUCCCUGUGUCGCAGUUCGCCGACAGCAUCAUCCUGCAGAGCGUCCGAGGCGCUGUUCAGAGAGACACGGGACGGCAUGUUCCGCUAUCGCGAUGGCUAGCUGCGUCCAACAUUGCAGAUCAGGUCCAGCUUCUCGAAGCCAGCGAUCCACGCGGCAAAGGACCGGUGACCCAAACACUGACAAACAAGAGCCAUUGCCUCGGAGCUGAUGACAUGGUCCAUACAGGUGGGAGUGAGCAUGUGGCUGAGGCAACGAGGACAGCAAUUGAGAAUACCAUUGGGAAAUACAAUCUUACCUGGACUGAUGUUAUGGAGGUAACCCCCUGCAUUGAUUUCAUUCAGACAAUUUGCAGGACACAAGUCGUCAAUACCUGGAAUAUACGCACCCUGAUCAUCACGAACAAUGCAACUGCUGCAGAACUUCGUGAAGCGGCUGUGACGACAAUAAAAAACAAUCCACUACUUCUCUCUUUUAUGAUCGUUGAUCCCGAGCUCAUUAAUCCCGAACUGGGCCUAUACGCUAUCAUCCGCCCCGAGGCAAUCCUGGAUCAAUGCGUUCUAGAGUAUGGCGCGGUAGACACAUUGGACGAUGCUCGAAGGCUCAACAUGAAUUAUCCUUUCCCCGACCAUACCCUACUCCCAGGGCCGUUAUUCCGUGCUCUGGUAUUCUUUGUUCAGGAAACUCAGUCGGCCGCGCUAAUAACGAAUAUCUCUCAUUCCAUACUGGAAGCCGUGUACCACCGAUACUUGCAUGACUGCAUCGACUCCGCAUUGGGCCGGAAUCCCCUCCCCCAAAGCAUCAGCUUCAAUGUCUGGGCUGACAGCUACCAUGCAUUGCGCAAGUCUCCCAGUGCUGAAACAGCGGUCAACGUCCAUGUCGAAUACUUGCACGACAUACACGAGCACGUCCAUGCACUGUGGCCGUAUCCAACACACGAGCUAACAGUCUCGCCCGAGCGUGCCGAUCAGGAUGGACACAUAGUGAUCUUCACAGCGCCUUCGUUUGUCCAGCUCCGGGAAAGACACCCGCAGGUCACCGCCCCGGUGAUUCUCAAAGCAGCACUCGCGCUUCUGGCGAUAUCUCACACGAACCACACGCAUGCAUUGUUCCUGAACCUAGAAGCAAAUCGCUCCACAUUCCCAUUUCUUCCCUCCUCAUUAGCAGCGCAGACGGGGCUGGAAGCGGCAAAUGUCGCAGGGCCAACAUUUAGCGGCGUGUUGAAUCUCAUCCCUUUCCAGCCAGAGCAGACGGUCAUCGACUACCUUCUGCACAUCCAGCAGGUCCAAGCCAUGCUAUCCGCGCAUGCAAACGUGCCAUGGUACGAGGUGUUUCGGAGACUCGGGCUCCCCGCCCACGAGAUCCUACCCCAGGUUGCAGAGUCUCUCAUCUUCAACUGGAUGCCGGGCCUCGGCUCCGCUGUGUUCGGUGAGAACCCGUUCCGGAAUAUGAGGGUGGCACAGACUCAUAUCCGCACCAAACUCGGGCUGUUGGCUAGUGCAGGCGCCGGGGGUCCGGAUGGGAGUAAUAUUGUGCUGUUCUUGCAGGGCGCAAUCGCCAACUGUUCGUCGGUGUGGGUUGAGAAAGUAGCGGAGGACUGGAAGAAGAUUGCACUGUGGCUGGCGGCGGAGGAGUCGUGGACCUUGCCAGUUGCUCGCUUUGCGGAUUGCUUAGCCUAG